AAUCUAUUUAGUUAGCUAUAACAUCUAUCUGCUUGUUUGUAUCGUAUAUCUAUAUUACGAUGACUCAUUCACUGACUCCUCUUUGCGCAAAAAACAAAGACUGUUUGAAGUGCACUGCAUGUCAAGUAGUCGGUGUCCGCUCCACCUCCACCCCGUCCAUAUAUCUACAAUCCACCCAUCCCCAUUCAACAACAGUAAAUUCACCCGAGCAAUACUACUCCGCCGACUAAACACUUCUCCUCUUCAUGAUUCAAAACCAGUCAAGCAUCCUCGCAAACACUGUAGCCUUCCGCCCUCAAUCAAGAAGCCCUAAUCAGCAACCGCGACGUCAUCGCUCUCCCCUCAACCGUUCUUGCAUAAACUUGCUGUGUCGACCUGGCUAUCGUGUACAAUUCAGUCAUGGCUGCUGGAAGGCUGUUUCUCUCCGCGAAGAACGCGGCCGCGCUCGACGUCGAGCUCAUGUCGAGCGGUGGCUUCUCUUUAGAUCAAUUGAUGGAACUCGCAGGUCUAUCGUGUGCGCAAGCUGUCUACAAAGCCUAUCCUCCCGAAUCAAAGAAUAAAGUGCUCGUCAUCGCAGGUCCCGGAAAUAACGGUGGAGAUGGCUUGGUGGCUGCUCGGCACUUGAAGCUGUUUGGAUAUGAACCCACCGUCUACUACCCGAAGCGACCAAACAAGGAUAUCUACAACCGCCUAUUCAUUCAACUACAAAACCUCAAAGUCCCAUUCACAGAAGACUUUGAAUCCGCCCUCACGUCCACCGACCAAGUCCUCGACGCCAUCUUCGGGUUCUCAUUCCACCCCCCGAUCCGUCCCCCGUUCGACAGCGUGAUCUCCGUCCUCGCAAACUGCUCAAAGCCAAUCGUAUCCGUCGACCUCCCGUCCUCCUGGGACGUCGACGCCGGGCCUCCUGCCGAGGGACAGCUCGGGCAUGGCUUUGUCCCGGACGUGCUUAUCAGUCUUACGGCGCCGAAACCGGCAGCAAAGUUCUUUGUCGGCGAGGGAAAGAGGCAUUUCUUGGGCGGCAGAUUUAUUUCAAAACAAGUUGCCGAGAAAUGGGGGUUUGAACUUCCUCAGUAUCCGGGCGUGGACCAGAUUGUUGAGCUCCCUGUGGAGCAGGAGUGAUUAUUACCAUGUAGCAGCGUGCUUUAUUCAGACUGUUGUCGUUAUGAGCCAUCAAUUGCAUGAAAAGUAGACAAAAGAGAGAACCACUUCUACAGAACUCUCCCUGUGGAGCAGGAGAAUUUAUCACCAUGUACCAGCGUGCUUUAUUCAGACUGUUGUCGUUAUGAGCCAUCAAAUGCAUGAAAAAAAGUAAACAA